GCAAUCACGGCGGGUGCUGCCACGCGUACCCGCAUCAACAGCGUAACAACGGGAAAGCACAGCGUUCCGACUCUGGACCACCUCUCCCGCACGGCACUGCAUGAGGCCCCGCAGCGAGAGGAGCGUGGGCUCGCUGGGAGCCGGGCUGGCUGGCUACCACCUCCAUGCUGCGUAUGGCCGUGUGCGGCAGGGAUGGGUUGGCACGAUGGGAAGGUGGCAAGGGGCACGCAGGAAACUAUGCCCCAAACACCAAUAUUUUCCAGCAUGCUUGGUUCCAGUUGUAGUGGGCAAGUGCAGCCAGAUAUGGGGGAGAGGUGUGUAGACCCUGUUUAUCAGGAUGGGAACCUUGUUUCUGGAUCACUGGAGGCCUUGAUAGAGCACCUGGUGCCCACCAUGGACUAUUAUCCAGAUAGGACAUACAUCUUCACUUUCCUUCUGAGCUCACGAGUCUUCAUUCACCCACAUGAGCUCCUGGCUAAAGUGGGACAGCUCUGCAUUAAACAGAAGCAGCAGCUAGAAACAGGGAUUGAGGCAGAAAAGGCAAAGCUAAAAUCCUUCGCUGCCAAAAUCAUUCAGCUCCUGAAGGAAUGGACUGAAACUUUCCCCUAUGAUUUCCAAGAUGAAAAAUCAAUGAAAGAACUGAAGGAGAUUGCUCACAGAAUCACACAAUGUGAUGAGGAAAAUGGAACAGUGAAAAAGAUUAUUAGCCAGAUGACACAGAAUCUCCUGAUGGCCCUCUCUGCACGGAGCCAGUACCAGGAAAUCAGAGAGAAAUUCCGACAACCUGCUACUGACAAAGGCACCAUCCUCAAAACCAAGCCACAGUCAACUCAAAAGGACAUCCUGAGUGUGUGCUGUGACCCUUUGAUCUUGGCACAGCAGCUGACCUAUGUCGAACUGGAAAGGGUGAGCAACAUUUACCCAGAGGAUCUGAUGCAGAUUGUCAGCCACAUGGACUCACUGGAUAAUCACAAGUGCCGAGGCGAUGUGACCAAAACCUAUAAUUUGGAGGCCUAUGACAAUUGGUUCAAUUGUCUCAGCAUGCUGGUGGCUACAGAGAUUUGUCGGGUUGUAAAGAAAAAGCAGCGUACAAGAAUGGUGGAAUUUUUCAUUGAUGUGGCAAGAGAAUGCUUCAAUAUUGGAAACUUCAACUCAAUGAUGGCUAUUAUCUCUGGCAUGAACUUGAGUCCUGUGGCACGGCUAAAGAAAACUUGGUCCAAGGUCAAAACAGCCAAAUUUGAUGUUUUAGAGCAUCACAUGGAUCCAUCCAGCAACUUCUGUAACUACCGCACAGCCCUGCAAGGAGCAGCACAGCGAUCUCAGACUGCCAACAGCAAUAGAGAGAAAAUAGUCAUCCCGGUUUUCAACCUGUUUAUUAAAGAUAUCUACUUUCUGCACAAAAUACAUACAAACCGCCUGCCCAACGGGCAAAUAAACUUCAAGAAGUUCUGGGAAAUUUCAAGACAGAUCCAUGAUUUCCUGACAUGGAAGCAAGUUGAGUGCCCUUUUGAAAAGGACAAGAAGAUCCAGAGCUAUCUACUCACAGCACCCAUUUAUAGUGAAGAAGCUCUGUUCAUUGCAUCCUUUGAAAGUGAAGGCCCAGAAAACCACAUGGAGAAAGACAGCUGGAAAACACUCAGGACAACUCUUCUUAACAGAGCCUGAGAUUCUUGGAUCUGAUCUGCAGACUUUGAAGCACAUUGAAUGAACACGUUUUUACAACCUGAAGGACUUGGACUGAGCUAAGAAAGACCUCACUGGCUGAGGUCUGUUUUGUAUAUACAGUAACUUUUAUGAAGAAAACGUGGUAAAUAUUUCACAUGUCAACCUUAAGGCACUUGAGUGAAGGGUUUUGGUUUUUUUAUUUGAAUACAAGGGCAGGGCCCUGUUCUCAGAGAUGAAGUGUAUGAUGGGAGAUGGGAUCCCUGGGGAGAUCUUAUUCUAUUAGCAUCCAAAUUUUUAUUUUUUAUUACUUCAACCAAAAUAAAUAAAAAUUAAAACACACUUCUCAACUAAAGUGAGAAGUACUCACUUUACUUUCAGUUAAGUACUCCAUUGGAGCAGUAUCCUACAGAGCACUCAACAUGUCUCUAGCUUUGAAGUAAAGGGUCUCCUUCAAAUCAGGUAUUAGUGUUUGUAGAGUCAAGGCCUUAGACAUCUGCAGUAAGCAUGUUCUGCUCCUACAUCAGAAAAUAGUGCCUUACAAGGUACUUAUAUCAUUUAGUGUACCUUCUAUUACGCUGGACUGGAAGUAAAGAAAAUAAAAAUAUGGAUGUCUUGAAACCAGCUAAAAAGUACUCUUUAAAUAAAGUGGAGAAUAUGGCACAUGAAGUAGAGUAUACCUGCCUGUAACAUUGAUGGUGCAGCAAACAUAUUUUUGUUACAUGAUUUAAAAAGAUAAGAUGGGGUAUCUGUUGGGGAAUGUGUGUUUGUGUGUGUGUGUGUAAGUGUGCGUGCACAUGUGAAGAUGCACGCAUGUCUAAUACUGGGAACUAUCAUUUAAAUUCUGGCUGUCAGAGUAGUUUGUGUUUUCCUUUUAAAAGAAAUCAGGGAAUUUUUGUUUAUUAUUUUGAGAGAAGGAUGUCUAACCUAGAUUAUCUCUGCAAAACAGGCUCAAUGUGUUGUUUUGAAAACAGUUUUGGAUAAUAGAAGUCAUACGUGAGCUAGGGAGAGGGAAAUACUCAGAUAUCCCGUUUGAAAUUAAGGCUAAAGUUUCCAAAGAAACUGAAGAAGAGCUAAGCUGAUCACCACUGAACUGGUCAUUUAAUUCCCCGAGUUCCUUUGAAAAUGCUCGUCUGCUCUUACAGACAAUUAAAGCAAAGAACAAGUAACAAGUUUUUCCUAGUAUUUUAAAAGCCAUGAUUAACUGAGCCAGAACAUAUUGAAAUCUAAGGGAAGACACCAUAAGAUAUUGGUCAAACCUUUGAACCCAGGUUAGUACCAAACUGGAGGUGAUCUGUAACCUUACUGGCACUUACCAUUUCUAACUUCUUCUCUUAGUCUUGAGUUUACACCUGAUUUGGCUAUCCAAAUGAGCACCCAAGGAGCUUAUGUUAAGUUGCAAGGUAUUUGUUUUGAAAAAAAAAAUAAAAAAAGCAAAAUACACAGUUCAGGACUUAAGUUUCUUACCUGAUCUCUGAAUUAAGAAGAAGAAAAAAAAGCUCAGUUUAAAACGUAUUUUGAUGAAUUGACAAAUUAUUGCCCAUUAACAUAUCCUGACCUUUACAGUAAGUGUUUUCUUAAGGCUUAAGGGCUGGAUAUUUGUAAAGGUAAUUACUUGAGCCAGGCAAAUAGAUGAUAUUAAACAAGGCCCUCUAGAGUUUACAGUGGUUACAGCCUGCCUUGUAGAGCCUCAUGGAGGACCUCUGCACAAGCUUCUUUAAAAACUGCAUGUAGAUGUAUUUUCCCUUAUUCUGCCUUCUGUUGAAGAAGGGGCAAGAUCUGCAGGACCGGGUCUGGUUUGUUCCAGUCCAGUAGUUUCUUCUUGCUGAGUGCCUACAACCAAGAGCAGCGCCACUGUUUCAUGCAGCAUCUAGGAUUACUUAGAAAUUAUUUGCUGUAUUGGACCUGGAGUAUGGUGAAAAACUAAAGAGCCUUCCCUCUCUCCUUGUUCCACUUUGACAAAUACUUAAAAGAGUAAGUUUUGGGGUAAAGGAGAGAGAUAAAUCAACAUUUUGCUAUUCCCAUAGCAUUGAUAUCAAAGAGAAAUAAAAGACAAAAACAGUCCAGAAAUGGGGAAAGGAUAAUUCUUAUGAUCUGCUGCUAUUUUUCCUGUGCUGAAGUAGUGACCUUCAGCCCUGGAUUAGAGUAAGAAUAUUUAUACUGUAUUAUUACAGUGUUUUGCACUUUCAGAGAUGUUCUAGCUAGUAAUGUUGUCGGACACUAGAAGAGGGAUUGUAUAUCAGCUUUGUUUAUGUAAUUGAAAUUUAAAGGGAUGCUUAAAAUUUAAGAAAAAAUAUAUAUUUGAAAUGCAAUUUUAGAACACUUUCUGUAAAUGUAUGAAAAAGCUUUCACAUGAAUGUGCACUUCACCAGUCAAUCGGUCCUAGUAUAUACUUGAAAUCAAUGCAGUAUCCACAUUGGUUCCUGUUUAUUUUUCCUCCCUCCGUUUGAUACAUUCCUUAAAUACUGUGUUUUGCUAUUCUGAGCUGAAAUGCUAAAUAUAAAGCUGUACCAUAAAGCAGGAUAUUCCGUGUUUGACUGGAUGUGCUUGCAUUAAUAAAAAAAACUUGCUUCAACCAGG